AUGCUUUGCACUGGCUGCAUUUUCUCCUUGCUCCAGAAAAGUGGGAUAGGAGGUUUUUUUUUUCCCCAUUGUGCUUCUAACCCCACUUCUCCAGUCCUAGGACUGGCUCUUGCCAGCUGCAACUUGGCCCAGUUUGGAAUGAUGAUUGUUCAAAAGACGGGGAAAUCGCCACUGGCUUACAAAGGGUACGGCUGCUACUGCGGCUGGGGAUCCAAACAGCCCGUGGAUGCCACUGACAGGUGCUGCCAUGCCCACGAUUGCUGCUACAAGAGAUUGGUUUCCUCUGGCUGCAGCCCCAAAAGGACCAUCUACAACGCUGCCUUCUAAGGCUGGUGCCUGUACCCAGGAAAACUCCUAGGAACCACUCCACAGCUCAACACCAGUACAAACCAUCUUCCUUUCAUCCAACACUGGAUUAUGGAUCGUUCUUCAUGCCCAAUUUCACUCCCAAAGCUCUGCAGACAUGGGGAUGUGGCAAAGCUGUGAGAUAAAACCAGAGUGCAGCUCCUGAGUAGGAACAAGGGACAGGAAACACAGAGCAGCACGGGCAGAAAACCCUUCCCCUACACAGAUGUGCUUAUAGAGAUCAGCCAGAAUCUUCUUAAACACUUAAAACUUCCAGUUCAACUAAAUUCCUCACCUGCAGGGGAAGGAUUUGGGAAAAUAAGUCCAGGGAAGAUGAUGGUGGGAAAUAGGAUGCAGGGAAAGCAGCCUUUCUACAUCCUCCUGCUGCGUAUUCACCCUUGAGAGGCUCACAAUGACCCUGCUGCAGAAACAGCCAAAACACCCUCAAAUUUGUCAGCUAAGAACAAACAGUAAUCCUGGUCAAAGCCCAAAGGGAAUAUCCACUGCUUAUUGUCCGUCCUUGGCACCGGAUUACGGAGCACUCAGCUCCACCAAGGAGUAAACACACGCUAUGUAUGAAUCAUGGUGUUGUUCUGCUCUUGUUUCUUGCCUCCCUUCCUCUUCCCAGGAAAAUCCAAGACCUGUUUACAAAGCAAAUUUCACUGUGUAAACCGAGUUCUGUGAGGAAUGUUGCGCAAAGA